AUGUUGGCACAGCGGAGCCACCAGCUGAUGUGAGGUCAUUACUGCAGCUUGACUCGCAGCCGGUCACUGACCUCUUUGUGACUGGUCUACAGGAAGUGAAUGCCACUCCAGUGCGGUAUAUCUCUGAUCUCAUUUCUGAGGACUCAUGGAGUCACCUUCUCAUGGAUACUCUGGCACCAAUGGGUUAUAUCAAGGUGACUUCAGUGAGGAUGCAGGGUUUGCUGCUGAUACUGUUUGCAAAGCAGGUCCACCUGCCUUUCAUCAGAGACAUCCAAAGUACAUACACCCGCACAGGCCUGUUUGGAUACUGGGGAAAUAAAGGUGGUGUGUCUGUGCGUUUCUCAUUCUAUGGUCACAUGCUGUGUUUUCUGAACUGUCAUCUGGCAGCUCAUUUGAACUACGCCCUGCAACGAAUGGACGAAUUUGAAUAUAUACUUGACAGACAAGACUUUGAUAUGUACAACACACCACAAGUGCUUGACCACAAGGUCGUUUUCUGGUUCGGUGAUCUGAACUUUCGUAUCGCUGACCAUGGGAUGCACUUUCUCCGCUCCUCAAUCAACAAUGGCCGAUUUAACCUGCUUUGGAACAGAGAUCAGUUGACCAUGAUGAAGAAGCAAGAACCUAUUCUGCAGGAGUUUGAAGAGGGACCGUUGUGCUUUAAACCCACGUAUAAGUUUGACCGUUUCUCUGAGACUUACGAUACAAGUGGUAAAAAGCGGAAGCCUGCCUGGACGGAUCGUAUCUUGUGGAGGAUAAAACCCAAAGCUAUAGAGACUGAGGAUGAGAAUAGGUCGACAUCAUCAUCAGCUGAUGAUGAUGAGUAUCCUAUUAAGGUGACACAGGACAUGUACACUUGCGAUGUCUCGUAUGGGGUCAGUGACCACAAACCCGUCAUUGCAACCUUCAAUCUGGAGAUGAGAAAAAAGGUGGAGACUCCUGUAGUCACACUAACCGUGGAGGGACACUGGAGUGCAGAUGAAGAUGCCACAUUCACCUACACCAUUCUGGAAAACUUUGAGUCCUCAACCUGGGAUUGGAUUGGAUUGUACAAGAUUGGCUUCAGAAGUGCCUCCCAUUACUCCACCUUUGCUUGGGUCAAAGAUGAUGAAGUGGCUGCCAACGGCGAAGUCGUGACGGUCCAGAUGAAUAAAAAUGAGCUCCCCCUGCUGGCAGGGGAUUAUGUUCUUGGCUAUUACAGCACCAACCUGCAAACCCUCAUUGCCUUUAGUCCUACUUUCCAGAUUCUCGAGUCUCGACAAGCUGUAACGGAGGGUCUGCUUCCUGAGAACAUCAACGGACAUGAGAAGUAGCUGGAUAUCUUCUAACCUCAUAUGUUCACAUAUGUAAAAAUUACAACAGGAUCUGAUUUGAGAUCAUAUUUGCCUGUGUAAACAGACCUUGCUCAGUUUGAUUUUAAAAGUUAAAACUGAUUCUGUGAAACAGUCUGAUAUAAUGAGCGUGAUUUAAAAUCUAAGGCUUUAAAAUUUCCCAAACACUCAGUCUAUUCACUGAACUCACUGCAUUACUCUUUUUCAUUCUCUCUUUAUCCGUGGUUCUUCUCAAAUAGUUGAGUCUGAGUCUGUGAGCUUCUGUAAACACACACAUUGUACACACUGUGCUUUUCUACUGUAGUAUGUAGUACCUGUAUCUGCCUCUAGAGGUUUAUAAAGCAAUCACUAACUUUAUUACAGACACAUCCUAACUCAGAAUCUUAUCCCAUCUGUUUAGUAACCAUGGAAAUUUGAUGGGAACUGAGAAAUGUGUAUACAGGUGCUGGUCAUAUAGUUAGAAUAUCAUCAAAAAGUUUAUUUAUUUCAC